AUGCUAUAUUUGUUGUUUUUCCCGCGCGACCGUACCGCCGGAUCCCCAAAAGCAGAGGGAAAACUAGGUUGCUGAAUCCAUCAAUUUCCACUCUCUCUAAUCGACGCAUCUGCCUUAAAAGAGACCUCUCCUUUAAAUCGACGAUUCUCCCUUGCCGUUCACUAUCUCGCCGGUUUACUUGUGUCGAGGAUGGAAGACCUCAAGCCUCUAAAUACUACCGCUGAUUCCUCUACGGAAAACGGAGCUACCAUUGAAGCUCGAUUCCGAGACUUUUGCAAGGGUAGAUUGACAAUGGAUGAUAACCCUUUAGAAGAAGCGAUGAAGCUGUUCAAACAAAGCAAACAUCUUUUCUUGACAAAUGCAUCAAGUCUUGGAAGUGGGACGCCCGAGGAAGCGGAGCACUACUGGUUUGCAUUUCUCUUAUUCUCCUUGAAAAGAUUAGGCCAGAGGGAUGCUGCAGAAGAUGCUACUAGUACUAAUGAGAAUGGUCUCAACAUGUGCCGGAUACUCAGAGUGGCAAAACUGAAUUUUGUAGAUUUCUUUAAAGAGCUACCUCAAUUUAUAGUCAAGAUUGGUCCCAUUUUAAGCAAUCUCUAUGGUUCUGAUUGGGAAAGUAGACUUCAGGCUAAAGAGUUGCAGGCCAAUUUUGUGCAUCUCAGCCUUUUAAGCAAGUACUAUAAACGUGCAUUUCGGGGACUUUUCCUAGCAACCCAUGCUAAUGUUGAUGGUCAGCCAAUUGUUGCCAAUUCUCCAGACUACAUAUCAGAUUGCCAUCGUUUUGGAUGGCUACUAUUUUUGGCUCUUCGAGUCCAUGCAUUCAGUCGUUUCAAGGACUUGGUCACUUGCACUAAUGGAUUGGUCUCGAUCCUGGCAAUUUUGAUCAUUCAUAUUCCAGCUCGCUUCAGAAACUUUUCUCUUAAUGAUUCUUCACGCUUUGUUAAGAAGGACAAAGGUGUGGACCUGCUUGCAUCACUCUGUAACAUGUAUGAGACGUCAGAGGAGGAGUUGCGAAAAACAAUGGCUAAGACGAAUAAUGUAGUGGCAGAAAUUUUGAAAAAAAAGCCUUGCUUGGCAUCAGAAUGUCCAAAUGGGAACUUAGACAAUAUUGACACAGAUGGCUUGACAUAUUUUGAAGAUUUAUUGGAGGAAUCAUCUUUAUCUUCCAAUUUAAAUGUUCUAGAAAAGGAUUAUGAUGCAGCGAUAUGCCAGGAAGGCGAAUUAGAUGAAAGGAUGUUCAUUGAUGAUGAUGAAAGCCUACUAGGUUCAAGCAGCUUGUCUGGUGGUGCAAUUAAUACUAGUGGAACCAAGAGGAAGUUUGACUUAAUGACCUCCCCAACAAAGACAAUUACGAGUCCACUUUCUCCUUAUCGGUCUCCCUCAGCAUCUCAUACCAAUGGAAGUCUGGGUGGUGUUAAUUCAAAGAUGAUAGCUACUCCUGUUAGCACGGCGAUGACUACUGCAAAAUGGCUCCGGACUAAUGUUUCUCCACUUCCAUCAAAACCUUCUGUAGAGUUGGAGCGGUUCUUGUCAUCAUGUGACAAGGAUGUUACUAGUGAUGUCAUAAGGAGGGCACGGGUAAUAUUGGAGGCUAUUUUUCCUAGCAGUGGUUUGGGUGAUCGAAGUGUUAUGGCAAACAUUCAGAGUACUAAUCUGAUGGAUAAUAUUUGGGCUGAACAGCGUAGAUUGGAAGCAUCAAAGUUAUACUAUAGAGUUUUGCAAGCAAUGUGUACAGCAGAGUCCCAAAUACUGCAUGGUAACAAUCUAACCUCCUUGCUAACAAAUGAGAGGUUUCACAGGUGUAUGCUAGCAUGUUCAGCAGAACUGGUUCUUGCUACCCAUAAAACAGUGACAAUGUUGUUUCCCGCUGUUCUGGAAAGAACGGGAAUUACUGCUUUUGAUCUUAGUAAGGUUAUAGAAAGCUUCAUCAGACAUGAAGAAUCUCUUCCAAGAGAGUUGAGGCGACAUCUGAAUUCUCUGGAAGAACGUCUUUUGGAAAGCAUGGUGUGGGAAAAAGGCUCCUCAAUGUACAACUCUUUGACAGUGGCAAGACCAGUGCUUUCUUCAGAAAUCAACCGUCUUGGGUUGUUGGCAGAACCCAUGCCAUCUUUGGAUGCAAUUGCACUGCAAGUUAACAUGUCUUGUGGAGGAUUGCCACCUGUUCCUUCAUUGCAGAAGCGUGAAAGCUCACCAGGUAAGAAUUGUGAUCUUCGGUCACCAAAGAGAGUUUGCACAGAGUAUCGAAGUGUUUUGGUUGAACGGAAUUCCUUCACAUCACCAGUCAAGGAUCGCCUUCUAGGAAUAAAUAAUCUCAAGUCAAAGCUACUAUCGCCUGCUUUGCAGUCUGCGUUUGCCAGUCCAACAAGGCCGAAUCCAACUGGUAGAGGAGAAACAUGUGCAGAAACAUCCGUAAAUCUAUUCUUUAGCAAGAUUGUAAAGUUAGCUGCUGUUAGAAUCAAUGGGAUGGUUGAAAGGCUGCAAUUGUCGCAACAAAUAAGAGAGAGGGUAUACUGUCUUUUUCAACAGAUCCUCAGUCAGCGUACAGCUCUAUUUUUCAACCGCCAUAUUGACCAGAUCAUCCUGUGUUGUUUCUAUGGAGUUGCAAAGAUAUCGCAACUGAGCUUAACUUUUAAAGAAAUCAUCUACAACUACAGAAAGCAACCACAUUGUAAACCCCAAGUUUUCCGUGCGGUAUUUGUUGAUGACAGGUCAUCUUCUCGACGCAAUGGGAAAACAGGGCAGGAUCAUGUUGAUAUCAUAAUGUUCUACAAUGAAACAUUCAUUCCAGCUGCAAAGCCACUGUUAGUGGAGCUUGCCCCUGUAGGAGUUGCUAAAAACCCUAAUCAGGUUUCAGAAGCAAACAAUAAUGAUGAAGGUGGUCCAUGCCCUGGGUCACCCAAGGUAUCUUCAUUCCCGAGUCUUCCUGAUAUGUCCCCGAAGAAGGUAUCUGCAGUACACAAUGUAUAUGUGUCUCCAUUGCGAUCAACCAAGAUGGAUGCUUUAAUAUCUCAUGGAUCGAAAAGCUAUUAUGCAUGUGUUGGGGAGAGCACUCAUGCUUACCAGAGUCCAUCGAAAGACUUGACUGCCAUCAACAAUCGGUUGAACGGACGGAAGGUGAGAGGGACGCUUAACUUUGACGAUGUUGAUGUGGGGUUGGUGAGCGACUCGUUGGUGGCGAACAGCCUCUAUCUACAAAAUGGGAACGGGAAUGCGAACGGAAAAGCACCAUCUUCAUCAAGCCACCAGCUGAAAACGGAAUAAUGGAACACAACUAGCACCCAGCUUUUCAAUUAGUAGUUGUAUGUAUAGAAAGGAAAGAAAAGGAAAAGAUUUGAUGACGUGGGAAUGAGGAUGGAAUGAGCGGUGAAAUUAUUGUACAGUAGCCGCCACUAACCUCGUGAAGUUGGAUUUAAUAAGUUUAUGUACUAAUCAUCUUUGAUGCACGAAUGUCCAAUGUC